AUGGGGCUCUUCGAUAAACUGCUCUCGUUUCUCGGGAUGUCGGGGAAGAAGGUGAACGUACUUGUUGUGGGUUUAGACAACAGUGGAAAGACAACUAUCAUCGAACGUCUAAAGCCACGACCCAAGCAAAGCGCGGAGGUUGCGCCUACGGUUGGCUUCGCCGUGGACGACCUACAAAAGGGGCCACUGAAUUUCACCGUGUUCGACAUGUCUGGUGCCGGCCGGUACCGCACCCUGUGGGAGCAGUACUACCAGGAAGCAGACGCGGUCAUUUUCGUGGUGGACUCGGCCGACAAACUGCGCAUGGUGGUUGCGCGUGACGAGAUGGAGCACAUGUUGGCCCACCCCAACAUGCGAAAGGUGCCGGUGCUGUUCUUCGCCAACAAAAAGGACCUGCCUGUGGCCAUGCCCCCUGUGGAAAUCGCGCAGGCCCUGGGUCUGGACUACAUCAAGGACCGGCCCUGGCAAAUCGUUCCCUCCAACGGUCUUUCCGGCGAGGGUGUGGACAAGGGCAUCGACUGGCUGGCAGAGCGGCUAGGGAAGUAG